AUGACCCUUCCAUACACCUAUAAAUCCGUCCCUUCUACUCUCCCACCUUCUGUUCUAGCUGAUGGAGCCAGCUCGGGAAAGGCCCGCUAUGUGGUUUCUUCCGGUGGCCACGCCGCUCAUCCAGAUGAGAUUAUCGCUUCAUGUCAACAGCUUGAGGAUCAUAUAAACAAACUACGGGCAGAGACAGAGGCUACAAUCCGAAAAUGGGAAGAAUCAAACCAGGCUCGCGAGCUCGCGGAAAAGCGACGUGUUGCUCCUGGGUGGCUAGAUCGAGAGGAGAAGCUUCUGCAGCCGAUCCACUCAUCAUCCAAGGCUGGCGCUCAGAGUGAGGCAAGCAUUUUAGAAGGACAGUUGGCGGAACAAAGCAGGAAGGUGACUACAUCUCCGAUGAUCCCAAAGAACGAGGGAGAGGAGCUUGAUCGUGCAUUUGGGGGGCUUGCACUAAGGUGAAAUCCAUCGGAUGUGCUUUACAACAUGCCACAAGGUCACCUUUACAUCCUCCGUAUGAGCUUCACGGGAAGACUCGGUUUCGGAACAGGUACUCUCAGCACGCCUAGUAGCAAAUUAUUGCGCUACGGUCGUCCACCCUCCC